AAGUAGUAGGCGACUGGCUGGGUAUUGAUAGUCUUCUCUUUUCUGGUUCGCCCUCAGGACAUGGUCAAGGAGUCUAGCUUUCGUUGACCCUCAACCACUAUCACUGGCAAAGCCACGUUUGGCAGCACGUGCGUGCGGGAGCAACGGCAAGGCUCAACAUACCAUCGUUCUGCACAAUGCCUCACUUUGACAAAUUCGGGUGUAUUGACAACGACUUGCUGGCGAUAGGCCAGUGGGUAGACGGCGACAGGGCAUACAACCAGUGGGUUAAGACGUCACCCCGGCCAAAGAGGUACGACAAGCUUCUUCCAGAACAAACAACAGAAAUCUGGCGUCGAAACUCUGCAUCAUAUGAAGCCCAGUAUACCAGGCGCAGUCGACGAGGCCAUUGUGAUUGGCGUCACGACUUGGACGAUGAGUUUCUGGACAGCUCCCCAAAGGACAGAAACAUGGAAGUCCGAACAACACAAACGACCCAGAACCAAGACCCAGCAUAUCGUGUGGAGACUCAAGGAGGACAGAAAGACGAUACAGCCUCCAGACUCCCAGUUUUGCUGAAUAGCAUGCAAUGCUAUUUGCGUAUGGUAUUUCCUGAAGCUAGCCCUUAUCUUCUAUCUGAAGGGCUUGAAGGUGCGGGGUCACCACACCCUCCUGAGAUAUUGGGAAUGACUAAAGACUGUAAAUUGCUAGAAUUCCAAAAGCUUGCUUUGGUAUGAACAAUGAGCUAGGGCACACAGCAAGCGGAGGAGGAGGAGGGGGAGGGGGAGGAAAGCGGGGGGGAGGAAACAUCGUGUUACGGGCUUAUGGUCAACAUUGAGCCGCAUCUGUCGAAACUCAUAGAGGGAAGUUGAAAAGUCACUCACUCGAUUUACGUUAUACGGGCAGCCUGAGACUGCCAAGACCAAUCUGAACGGCAAAAGGUGCAGACAUGCCAGCCCUUCUU